UUUACUGGAUCUCAGAGCAAAGAAUAGCUAGAAUUAAGAGUCAUUUUCUUUGUCUGUAUAUUAUUGCAUUAACAUACUGAUCGUUAAAUAUAUCAAGCUCUCCAAUUGCUCUCCGUGCAAAGACAAACAUGUCAACACUCCGACUAUUUCCUGAUUAGACAAGAGUCUGACUAGUAUUAAAUUGCAAUGGGAAUGCAAUAGAAGUUGCAUCGAUUAAUCUACGCCUAUUUAGACAUUAGCGGAAAGAAAUAUCCCUUUGUCAACCGACUAGAAGAAGAGACGUGUGGGAUUUGGCUAUGUCCUUCUUUAAUUUCCUAAAAAUCUUUAAAUUGGGCGCAGAGAAGAAGAAGAAGCAAUAUGAUCAUGUGCACAGGGACGCAAAUCCGGAGGAAAUCUGGGAGAUUGUGGGAGAACUGGGGGAUGGAGCCUUUGGAAAGGUGUUCAAGGCUCAAAACAAGCAGACCGGCAUUUUUGCUGCUGCAAAGGUGAUUGACACCAAAACUGAAGAUGAGCUGGAGGACUACAUGGUAGAGAUCGACAUCUUGGCAUCAUGUGACCAUCCCAAUAUUGUCAAGCUGCUUGACGCAUUUUACUACGAGACCAAACUGUGGAUACUGAUAGAGUUCUGUGCCGGCGGAGCCGUCGAUGCUGUCAUGCUCGAACUGGAAAGGCCUCUGACGGAGCCGCAGAUCAGGGUGGUUUGUAAGCACACUCUUGAUGCUCUGCAGUAUCUGCAUGACAACAAGGUGAUCCACAGAGACCUGAAGGCUGGAAACAUCCUGCUCACCCUCGACGGAGAAGUCAAACUGGCGGACUUUGGGGUGUCUGCCAAGAACACAAAGACCAUCCAGCGAAGAGACUCUUUCAUUGGAACGCCUUACUGGAUGGCCCCAGAGGUCGUGAUGUGCGAGACGUCUAAGGACAGGCCGUAUGACUAUAAGGCUGAUAUUUGGUCUCUAGGAGUCACUCUGAUCGAGCUGGCCCAGAUCGAACCGCCCAACCAUGAGAUGAAUCCAAUGAGAGUUCUGCUCAAGAUCGCCAAAGCUGAGCCGCCUACUCUCCAGCAGCCUUCAAAAUGGUCUCCUCAGUUUAAUGACUUCCUGAAACACGCGCUGGAAAAGAACGUGGACAACAGGUGGAGCACAGCACAACUUCUUCAGCACCCCUUUGUAAGUAGUGUGACUGACAACCGACCCCUGCGGGAGCUCAUCGCAGAGGCCAAGGCAGAGGUCACAGAGGAGAUAGAGGAGCUGAAGGAGGAAGAGGAGGAAGAAGAUCAUGAAGGAAACCUGCUGCUUCCUGGACACAAACGUGCAUCAUCUGAUGCUAGCGUUGGAAGCUCUGAAGACGAGAAGCUUCCUCCGACGCCGUCCACAUUGGAGUCUGUUCCUGAGAAGAUCGAGGAGGUGGCUACACCAAGACCUCCAGACGAUCAUGUUAUAACUGGAAUAAAGACAGAACAAGUACCUCUGAAGGUAGAUGAGAAACACAUCGAGGAUGUAGCAGAACCUGGAUCCAAGGAACAACAAGUGGAAGUAUCUCCAAAGGAACCUAAAGCUGAAGAGAUGCCUGUAGAACCACCUGCUGACGCAAUAGUCCAGUCGGAGGAGCAGAGAGUAAAACCUGAGGCAGAUAUACUGGAAGAGGAAAAGGAGGUGGUGGGCAAUGGUGAACUCCUAAAGGAAGUGUCUGCAUCAGACAUUUAUUCACUGGAGACACCAACAGAACCAGUUAAACAAGCUGUGCCUGAUGAACCUAUCCCAACAUCUCCACUGAAAGAAGAAGAGAGCGUUGAGGAAAAGGAGAAACCUGAACUGGAAGAGAAGCAAAGCCCAGUGAAACCCAGGUAUGUGAAGAAGCAAGACUCUGACUCUGGGAUCAGUUCUUCUGCCGACAACAGCAGCAUAGACCUGAACUUAUCCAUCUCCAGCUUCAUUAGCAAAUCCAAGGAGCCAGGAACCGUCUCUCAGCAGGACAACAAGAUGCAGAAGAAAACUCUGAAAAAGACUCGCAAGUUCAUCGUGGAUGGUGUAGAAGUCAGUGUAACGACGUCCAAGAUCCUCACAGACAAUGACGCCAAAAGUGAGGAGAUGAGAUUCCUCCGGCGUCAGGAGCUGAGGGAGUUGAGACUUCUGCAGAAAGAAGAGCAGCGAGCCCAACAGCAGCUCAGCAACAAACUCCAGCAGCAGAGAGAGCAGAUCUACAGACGCUUCGAACAGGAAGUCACGAGUAAGAAGCGUCAGUAUGAUACGGAGGUGGAGAAUAUGGAGCGGCAGCAGAAACAGACCAUCGAGCGUCUGGAGCAGGAACACACCGAGCGUCUCAGAGACGAGGCCAAACGCAUCAAAGCUGAGCAGGACAAAGAGCUUUCCAAGUUUCAGAGCGCGCUCAAGAACCGCAAGAAAGAGGAGCAAGAAUUUCUUCAGAAGCAGCAGCAGGAUCUGGACAGCGCUCUGAAGAAGAUCAUUCAGCAGCACAAACAUGAGCUGGCCACUACAGAGAAAGACUGUCUCAACAACAAGCAGCAGCUCCUGAGAGCCAGAGAAGCCGCGAUGUGGGAGCUAGAAGAGCGUCACCUACAGGAAAAACACCAGCUACACAAACAGCAACUGAAAGACCAGUACUUCAUGCAAAGACACCAGCUACUCAAAAGACAUGAGAAGGAAAUGGAGCAGAUGCAGAGGUAUAACCAGCGUCUGAUAGAGGAGAUGAAGAACAAACAGACGCAGGAAAGAACCAGACUGCCUAAGAUCCAGCGCAGUGAUGCUAAGACCCGCAUGGCCAUGUUCAAAAAGAGUCUGCGCAUCACGACCACAGGGCUCACGCCGGAACUGGAACGUGAGAGAGUCAAACAGUUUGCAGCACAGGAGGAGCAGAGACAAAAUAACGAGCGUCUCCAUCAACAACAGAAACAUCGCAAUCAGAUGAGAGAUCUGCAGACGCAGUGUGACGCCAACGUCAGAGAACUACAGCAGCUGCAGAAUGAGAAGUGCCAUCUUUUGAUCGAGCAUGAGACUCAGAAGCUGAAGGAGCUGGAUGAGGAGCACAGCGCAGAGCUCAAGGACUGGAGAGACAAACUCAAACCCCGCAAGAAGGCCCUUGAGGAAGAGUUCGUCCGUAAGCUAAAGGAACAGGAAAUGUUCUUCAAAAUGAGCGGGGAGUCUGCAUGCCUUAACCCCUCCACCCAGAGCCGGAUCUCAAAGUUCUACCCCGUCCCGAGCGUCCAGUCCACCGGAUUUUAACUCACACGUUCACGCUAAACUGCAUUGUGAAUGAACUUCUGCUGCUUUGUUCCCUCUGAUCAGUCAGUCAGAAGGAAGGAGGGACUUCAUUGAUCCAGAUAUCCACAGAGAAGUUUUUUGCAUUUUGUUUUUAUUUUGUUAUUUUAAAGGAGGAUUUUCAGUGUGGUUACCCUAAACAUUUCUGCAAUAGUUUAAGAAAGAUGAUGUGAUUCUGUAUGCCACUUAAUUGAUCAAUUUUUUCCAUUUUUAAAAAUGGAUUUUUACCUUUAACCCCACCCCCCGAAUCAGUGGUCUCAGUGUCUUAACGAUGUGGUAUUUUUAUACCAAGUGAAUAAUUUAAAUCUCAAAAUCAAUCUGAAUCAGUUGUGGUGUUGUUGAUUUGUGUUUUUUUUUUUGUCUGAAGGGUAGUCAAAUGUUCUUAAAUUUGAUUGAAGUUUAAAGGCACAUUAUAUAGAGGUAAAAAAGGACAUUUCUUGGUUAUUUUCUGUAUGAAUUACAGGAUUUAAAUAUAUUUGACUCUGUUAUCUCACUUUUAUUGAGCUUUGUUUAUCAUUAAAUGGAUCUAUAGCAUGUAUAGUAGCAGCAAUAUUCAUUUCUUUGAGGUGUUUUUUGCAUUGCAUCCACAAUGUAUGGAAAUAUCCUGACGUCACUGUGGUUUAAAGUGCAUUUGUGCUUGCACUGCUAUGCAGUGUGAACAUGUAGCCUAAGUAAAUCAUCUCAACCUACAAUUAUUUCUGUGAACUUCUGAGGAGCCCAAUCUCUUCAUAAUGUCCAUUCUCCAAAAAAUGGCAAAUGGUUUUA